AAAACUAUUGUUAGUGGGGGUACACAAAGGGGUCGCAGUGUUUGUAACAACCAAUUAGAUUAAAGUUUGAGUAUUAACUCAAAUAAACCAAAGUAUAAAACAAGCGCUCAAUUCAUGUAUUAAACGAAAAUAACAUAUGAUUUGCAAAUCGAGAACACAUUCAGUGAUUAAUCAAUUGUUUUAUCGAUAGACAGGUAUUGUUGUAAUCAUUGAUCACAUAAACGAUGGGUUCUUUCGCAUCCAAGACAUGGUCUGAAGUCAAUGAUUACUAUUACAAGACUAGUAGUGAUGGUCAACAAAGCCCGCAAUUGAAAUACAAAAUGGCGGCCAAAGAAGUGCAUGUGAAGAAUGUUUGGACUCCUGGAGCUGAUCCAAGAUCACCGACUUUCGACUUUGAUAGGACACCGAUUCAAGUGAUUGACUGUAAGGCGCAAAUGACACCCGAUGUUGUCACUCAACAAGUGGUCACACAAUUAGUUGAUUCAAUUGAUCCGAGAUCACCCACUAUUGGUAUCGAUAGGACACCAUUUGAGUUGACACCGAUGAACGAUAACAUCGUUGAAGUUGCGGUCACACGACUCUCGUUCGCAAUGACCCCUUCCGUCGAAGACAAUGAAACUAAAAGCAGUGGAACUAAGGUUCGGACUCCUCUUUCGUCUGUUUGUGUCCAACAGAAUCAGACACCAAACCGAAGUGCAAUCAGACAACGAAAGCAAUUGGAUAUCACUAAAAGGGCUCAUUUGAACAGUCAUUUAAUGAAGAAUAAGGCGAUUGGAUCUAAUGAUAAUCUUGUAUUGCAAUCACAAGUUGUUGACGACAAAGAAAAUCUUUGAAUUAUUUGAUAUUUAAAUGUAUUUUUAAUUCAUUACAUGAUUUAUAUGAUAACUCACUUUUAAAAUGU